UGCACGACGGGUAAUUGUAUACAAACUGCAGGGGUAAAAACGCGACGCAUUUCUCAUCCGUCCGCUUUUUGACCUGCCAAAGAUGGGAUGUUCAAGCUCCACGGGCGUCGUGGUUCACCCGCUGGCGGAGGCGAGCCGCGACGAGGAUGAAGCAGGAUCUAAAUCCAGCGGACGUGGCGACUCAGCCAGGUCAAAGGGCACAACGGACAGCGGGGUCAUGAUGGAAAACAGAGACCAUCUGGUGUUACCUGGAGGAUUACCAAAUAAAAUCCCUCCUCUACCGUCAGAGAGCCUCAUGGAAUGUGUUGCACCAAAUGAUGCUGAGUCGGACUUGCUGCAGGAUGACGUCACAGCCCAGGGGCGUCUCAAGUCCAUGGAGAUACUGGAAGAGCUGUGGAGUCAGGGCAUCAUCCCAGUGGGACAAAUACAGGAGAAAGACAGUGGAGCUGCCUACUGCAUCAUGCACGAAUCCAGACGCGUCACUAGAAGACUUCCUGCCAGGUUGGAGUCACUGAAGGCCAAAAAGGUUCAAAGCCACAGCAGAGAAGAGUUUGAUGAAAAAAUGAGGCUGGCUGAGGAGAGACGCAAGAUGAAGCAAGAAGAAAUGAAGAACCGUUUAAGGACAAACACGUCGCAAGGUCGACGACCGGCUCCCGUCUCCAGCGGCGAGGAGGAAACAGACUCGACCUUGAGUCCUGUGGAGUCGCUACAUCUCCCAGCAGCCAGGGCAGCGUCUCCAGCUUCUGCGCUCCACGGCCAGGCCCCACGCAAAGGAGCCCUGGGAGGAGAGUGGGUCAAAGGGGCUGAAGGAGACAGCAGGGAGUGGCCGGAGGAAAAACACGAGGGGGGAAAAACGAGGCAAGGAAGGGAGGAGAUGGGAGAGGAAGGAGAUCACCUGGAGAGAGGUGGGAUGGAGGAAGAGGAGCUGACUCCGGUGGAGGAGCUGAGGCCGGGCGAGCUCCUCGAUUCUUUAGAGGAACUGGAGAGUGACUCCAGCUUUCAACGUGCCGAGGACAAGGACGAAAUGUUUUAGUUUAUCACAUAACGGAGCCUCUAAUCAGCGCUUUAUAGGAGAGGAGAGGAAGGCAGCCAAAGGAUUUCAUUUUGCACAUUCACAGAAGAUGUUGUUGGCCUCAUGGAUCUUAUUAAACAAAUGUAAAAGGGCAAAUGAACUCUGUUUUUACUGAACUGUAAUGUUGAGCUCACCUUAAAAACUGAAUGAGCUCUUGUUAGAGUUUCGUUGACUUUUUAGAAAGAGGUAGAAAUAGAGCAGACUUUUUGUUCAACACAAGAUGGCGUCGUUUCAGUGAGUAAUGCAUGUUUUCUACUCACUUAAAUAAUGCCAUUGAAUCUGUAAAAUAAACUAUAAAAAGGGGGGAUUUUAAUCUCAGAAGAUAUAAGGUUUAUUUCUGAAGUAUUCUAGUAAGCAUACAGAAUAGCUAUGAGUCUAAAUAUUCCGAUUUUUCAGGAAAAACAAAUCAAAGAGUGCUUCAUUAAUAGUUUCAGGAAUAAAAACAUAUUUUUACAUUUUAGCUUUGAAGGACUCGACAGGAGGGGUUGUGUCCAAACGGAUGAA